GCGGAACCUUUGUGAGGCCGGAACCAAUGUGCUAUAUAAUGCUGGAGGACGGAGGAGUGUUUUGGUGAAGGACCGCCAAGUAUAAGUGAAGGCUUGCUCGCGACAGUUCCGGCAGGAGAUCGCGCCAGUGGGAUCCUUGUCGUCGUCCGCUGAGAUGCAGCGACAGAAUUUUCGACCCCCGACUCCUCCUUACCCCGGCCCGGGUGUAGGAGGUUGGGGGAACGGGAGCAGCUUCCGGGGUACCCCGAGCGGAGGCGGACCGCGGCCGCCAUCCCCGCGGGACGGGUACGGGAGUCCACACCACACGCCGCCGUACGGGCCCCGAUCUAGGCCCUACGGGAGCGGCCUCUCUCCGCGACACGGCGGCAGCUUCCCUGGGGGCCGGUUCGGGUCUCCGUCCCCUGGCGGCUACCCUGGCAACUACUCCAAGUCCCCCGCGGGGUCCCAGCAGCAAUUCGGCUACUCCCCAGGGCAGCAGCAGACCCACCCCCAGGGUUCUCCAAGGACAUCUACACCAUUUGGAUCAGGGCGUGGUAGAGAAAAGAGAAUGUCUAAUGAGUUGGAGAGUUAUUUCAAGCCUUCAAUGCUUGAAGACCCUUGGGCUGGCCUAGAACCAGUAUCUGUAGUGGAUAUAAGCCAACAAUACAGCAAUACCCAAACAUUCACAGGCAAAAAAGGAAGAUACUUUUGUUAACAUUUCUGAAAUUCAACUGGACGCUUCAUGUGUCAGGAACAUCUUGGACAAAACUUUUACUUGUAAUUAAAUUGAAACCUAACAUGGUGACUUUGGGUAAUUAGUUGUGUGUUUCAUCAUAUCAAGUAUUUUUGGUAUUACAGAAGACAUCUGGUAGGAUAAUUUGCAAUAUUUGGCUCUCUGGAAGUGCCUACCACAAUUUAGAAGAUUAACAUUUUCCAAAUGCUUAACAUUCUUGGUUAUAUAAUGCACAUUUGCCUUUUAAUGUUUUUUCCAAUGUUUUAAAAUAAAGCAGUUUGUCUUUCUAGCUAUAUUGUGCUUUUGUCAUAUGCUAAAAAAGAAUUAUUAAAAUAAUGCUUUGUAAUCACAUAGUUAGAAUUCAUAAGAAUAUAUUUUGGAUACUGCUUUUGAAAAUAGAUAGACCAUACUUUGUUCUGUAGACAGGUCUAUAUAUUUGUUCAUAGGGAAAAGGGGGUAAAGGAAGAGAAUAAAAAAAAUUUCUAUUCAUAUUAUAA